CGGUCUGAAUAGUCUGGAAUAGCUAGCUGGUCUUGCAACUGUUCCGGCCCGUCAACAGUUCCCUGGAGGAGAUUCUGAGGGCUACUGGUUUUAUUGAAUUUAUUGUUAUUUCUUUUUUUGCUUGAUGUGCAUGCGCCCUGAAACUGUCAAUAUGGGCAGCACCAAGAAGCCGACGUCGACCUCGUCAAAGAAAUCCGCUGCACCGAAGAAAGAGUCCAAUCCUUCCAAGCCCCGUUCUUCAGACAGCAAGAAGGCUGAUUCGGAAAAUAAGUCCGAUGCCAGCCUUCACAAGCGUUCGCGUUCAGUGUUAGGGUGUUAUACCUGCCGAUUGCGAAGAAAGAAGUGCGACGAAAGACAUCCAUCUUGCUCAGCCUGCAUCAACCUGUGCGUAAAAUGCGAGUAUACGCGGCCGUCGUGGUGGGGAACCCCCGAAGAGCGGAGUAUGCAGAAGGAAAAGGUGAAGAACAAGAUCCGACAGACUAAGAUGAACGAGAAGCUGGUGUCCAAGAGAGAUCGCGCGCGCAGUUACUCGAAUGGAUCUCCACUGUUUUCUGGAUACGAUUUCAAUAAUCCUACCUUGUGCGAGCCUUACGAUCCGUUCGCUCCACAUCUUUCGACACGGGCCUUCAUGCAGGGACCUUAUAUACACGAUGCUUAUGAAGUCGACAUUAAAACAGAACGGCAGAUGUUUGUCAACGACGUGCCUAUAUGCCAUGAAUCCUCGACGUCAACCUUUAAUACAUACACGCCGCCAUAUCUACAUGCGACGCUUCCCGAAUUUCCAGAAGAAAAUUGGCUCCUUGCGCAGAGUCAGCCUGCACCAUUUCUGGAAUUGGACCCGGCAUUGUAUGAAGCGACAAACUCUCACUCUUACUCGUUUUGGCAGACGAACGUUCCUGUAGAGGAGCGCGAUCGACCGCUCUUAAACCACUUCCUCGAGAACGUGCUUCGACUGAUCUUUCCCAUCUUAGAAGUUCACCAGCGCGGCCCGUCGCGAACAAAGGCGAUUAUUCAUUCACUAGAGACAAACAAGUCUUACCUUCAUUGCUGUCUCAGCGUUGCUGCGAUCCAUAUGAAGACAACCACAGCUCUCGAGAGCGAGGACAUCGAUCAUGAUAUUAUGCGCCAUCGCUAUGAGGCAGUAUCAGAGCUGUGCCAAGCGUUGGGAAAGGAUACGGACCAUGAACAGAUUCUGGAAGCCACACUAGCAAUGAUCUUCUUCCACUGCUCGGUAGGGUCUGUCGAUGAUUAUCUCCCUGAUAUCCCGUGGAGCGACCACUUCCAGGCCGUGUCCAAUCUAGUGGACAGGCUGGACCUUCCGGGUGCAAUGCUCAGCUGCAGUCCCCAUAUGCAACCGCCAUUCAACAUGACGUUGACUGCGUGGAUCGAUAUCCUGGGCUCUACAAUGCUGGGGAAGACACCUCAGUUCGCACAUAUGUACCGGGAGAAGCAUCUGAGUAGUUCUUCCUCCGGUCUCCGCGAACUGAUGGGAUGCGAUGAUCGUGUCAUGUAUCUGAUCUCAGAAAUCGCCUGCCUUGAAGCCUUAAGAGCAGAGGGACGCGUUGACGAUAUAUCUGUCUGUUCCCAUGUCCAAGCCUUGGGACAGCAGCUCGACUUCACGGAACCGUACGACCGGACUCUGGAGCUCCCCUAUUCAGCGACCGGUGGUGCGAUUCGCCCAGACCAGCUGACCAAAAACAUGACCGCUGUUUUCCGCAUUGCUGCUCGUAUCUACCUCUGCAGUCUGGUUCCAGGGUUUGAUCGGCACCAGCAGAGCAAUCUGGGCCUCAUUUCAGCCUUUGCAGAUGCCCUUCAAUAUGUUCCUGCGGGCCCUGACGGGUAUGAUCGUUCAUUGGUCUGGCCACUGCUCAUUGCUGGGACCUUUUCGGUUCCUUCUAGUCCUCUGCGCAGCGUAUUGAACGAGCGCGUUAUUCUGAUGGGCGAACACGCAGAUUUGGGUAGUUUCGGUCGCAUGUGGCUUCUGCUACAGGAGGUCUGGCGUCUUGCAGAUGAUCCCAUACUCCUUGCACCUCUCGACACCCAGAGUGAAGUACCGUCACUAGAAGCACAGCCGUUUUUGAAAGAGGAAAGGUCGCCUACACCUGUUACAGGGCUGUCUGGCAUCGAGCCUAGAAAUCAACAAGUCCACUGGCGAGAUGUUAUGCAACGUAACGGAUGGCGCUUCCUCCUUAUAUGAGCUUUUUUUUUUUUUUUCUUUCUUCCGCACUUCAAGGAGUAUUGGAAAGGACACUAUUUCGGGGAUAUCUUACCUGGGGUUUCCUUUCAGGAUGAUACCAUGGCGCAAUUACUCAAGGAUCAGAGGAUAUACCACAUUUGUCUGAAGAGACAAGGGACCGGCAAAAGACAGGGAUUUUGUACAGUUGAUCCGGAUAUAAAUAUUAAAUCGAUACAGCUGCUCUCCCGGGUGCGACACGUCCAGCUGUUAAACGACGAGGCCCAGCACAUGUAGGUGUCGGACUCCCUUCACUGCAGAAAUUUCGAAGCUGAUGUCCAUCUACUUAUAGCACCACAUCGGUAUCGAUAAUGCCGUAUGAGAUGGCUACCCUU